AUGAGUUCUGCAUCGAAUGGGCGCAAAAAUCGCCCCAGAUCCGCCGGGAACAUCUUCCAGAUCGGCAAACCUCCUUACCGAGAUCCACAGAGGAGGGAGAGCACCGAGAGCACCCGCAAAGCCCAGCGCGCCGUGGCCGACUGCAGAAUGGUAGGUUUGCGGCAAGUCAAUGCCUGCAUGGUGCCAUUCAUGGAUACUGCUUUAUUAUAACCACAAUCUUUCUUUGUUCUUUGACUAUAUCUACUAUCCCGUGCCUGCAGGAUGCACAGGCGACAACUGUUAAAAGCUGCAAAGAGAGAGAGGGGGGAAAAAAAAGACCGUAGCUCGGUCUGGGAGCCUAAAAAUAGCUGUAUGCAUUUGCAUUGCUUUGUCGGCAGUGAAGCCAAACAGAUCAUCUCCGCGUGCAGACUGACUGUGAUUUGCAUUUUGAGUUUGGAAAGCUGCUGGGGAUUUGGGUUCAUUUCAAAAAGCGCCUAAAUUACAGGAUCAUCUACUGAGGUGUAUGAGAUCAUUGCACAUCGGUCCUGUGUUCUGACAGAAGCUGGAAAGGAGGAUCAUAGUCUAGCUUUACGUGACGUGCUGGUGGUAUAGUGAAGUACAGCAGGAUGCCGUACAGGAGUUGCAAAGAAAGGAGCAGAAUAUUUGCACCAAAUGCUCAAGCUCUAACGUUGUGCAAACAGCCAAACUUAGCAUUAUUGGACCUUUUGUUGAUUAGAAAUGAAAGCCCAGGGAAAUGCCAUGGCUACAUUUGGCUCUAUGGCAUGCUUCCUGCAGAGUUAAACUGUCAUUUGUAACCGCAUAUGCUCAAAUUUGUUGAUUUUUUUUCUAUUAACCCACAAUUCACUUGCACCCCCACUUUGUUAGGAAAUAGAAAAGCAAGUCUAGAUCAAAUGCAGCUCAGCUUCUUCUUCAUAGAAAGCAUGGUGUUAUGUUGACAUGCAAGCAGACUGGGGAUAAAAGCUGUACUGCAGUGACCAAAGCAUAAGCUCUUCUCUGCUGUUAAAGUUGCAUUUGUGGUGCAUUCAGGUAGUGAGUUUUUCUCUUUUUUAAUUUUCUUUGUAACACAGAUAGUCCAAGAGUUCAAUACACUCGUGGCUCUAUACCGUGAGCUGGUCAUCUCCAUUGGCGAAAUCACUGUGGAUUGUCCCUCUUUACGGGCUGAAAUGCUGAAGACCAGAACCAAAGGCUGUGAAAUGGCACGAGCGGCACACCACAGUCUGUCCUUGAUAUCAGGGUGAGUUGGCACACACGCUGUCCAUGGUGCUAAAAAUUUUAACCGGCCACUCUGCAACACUGCUGUUCCCAAAGUUGUAAAGAGUCUAAUUUUACCAAAGUACAUCUCUAAUUUGCAUAAGCGUCCCUAUUUUAAGCUUCAUGUAUACUUAAGCCUCCACACUUCAAAGAAAUCAUCCAAGUGUCUGCUCCUUUACUUUGAGUGUGGUGAGCUCGGGAUGGGGAGAGAGUUUGAGUUGAAAACAGAAAAUGAGAUCGGCUUUUAGAAACCAGAAUGUCUUUAAUUGCUGGAAGGACAGAAUUACCAGGAAACAAUCCCAGGAACAGGCUGUAACUGUCCACUACCCAUUAGCUGGGCCUAAAAUAUUAAUGCUUCAAGUGGAACACUUCCCAUGGCCAAUAUCUGAGAUAACAGCAUCAAUAAUGUGCAACCACUGACUUUCCCGUGGUUGCUUUUAGUGCACUGUGAAAGAGACAGUGUGUGUACAGUUCAAAGUUUGUGCCUCACUUUGUGGUCAUUUUAACGUUUGUAUACCAGCAUGCUUGAGAAUAUUUCAUGAAAUCCUGGGGUUUGUCUUCCAAAAGUGAUCAAGUAAACCAAAUUUAAAAUGCAUGAUACAUGGUUGGUUUUAUGAUGGGAGUAGAGAAGAAAUUGCCACAAUUGAGGUGGGACAUGCCAGGUAGUUUGGCCUUCACCCUCUACUGAGCUCAACAUCUACUCCUCUCUCUGGACAAUGGAAGAAGGGCAAAGCAAAGGUGUGGGAUUUGAAGGUCCUCCUCAGUAAAGCCGUAAGAUGCCAGCUGACCUGGCACUCGCUGACUUACUUAAAUAACAAUCAGGCAGGCGAAAGCUGGUGUUGAGAGGGGUUUGGAGGAUGUUUGCAGAGCCAGUGCCAAAGCCUGUUGCAACAAUAGCAGCAUCAGGUUCACUCUUGCUAAAGCCCAUUUCUCAUGAUCAAUUUUGGAUAAAGUGAAAUAAUCAGGUUUUCUCCCAUUAAAUACGAGUUAACUGGGAUUUUCUUGUCGGCGUGUAUUAAAUAUGUCUCAGUAACCCUUUUUUUUUUUUUUUUUUGGAGCUUAAUAAUUAAUCCACUAGCUUUAUCUGACAGUGAUUUCAGAAUAUGUAUCCUUCACUUUCUCUUACAUGCUUGACAAAAUCCAAGCAUUGGAAACACAUGUACACGACACUCUAAUGCAUGGUUAACUAGAAAACAGGCUUGUUGAAUGAGGCAUGAGUUUUACAAUAACCUUUUGCUAAUCUUUGGAGUAGGGUUGACAGUGCAGAACCUUAAUUUUUCUGCACUAUUUUUACUAAGUAUAAAACUCAUAAUCAUGCAGAUAGAUACAGUCGUCUCUUCAAGACAAGUACAAUCCAUUUCAGUCCUGCGCUUGAAUUUCCUGCCGCUGCUGUUUGAAAAUAGAGACAGUGCAGCAGCUUUAGAGAGAACUCACUGAUAACAGCAUCAACAUGAUUGUCACAGUCAUCACCAGCACAUCCUCUAAAACCUCCUUCUCUAAAAGCUCUUCAACGUCCGUCUCCACUUCUGGAGAGACACAGAGCUCGAAUUAGACAGCACAGGUCAUUCCCCUUUAAUCUAAUAAAGCCUGUGUGUCUGAAUGGUUUGAGUGAUGCAGGGCCCCUCCGAUGCGCGAGCGGAAAGCUGAUAAACAGGAUAGCGUUGAUGACAGCUGUGCUUUAGCUAUGGAAGACUGUGGAAGGCAGUUCUGUGACAAAAACAAGGAUGGCAGGGAGACGCUUUGCUGCUAAAAGAGAGGGAAACCAACAGCAGGAUUUGUGUGAGAAAUGUUCGUAGCAGGUGCAGGUUUCACGCCUUUCAUCGCUGUCACUUUCACAUGUGAUAUCACACCCGCAGAAUAUCACCUGCUGUAAUUCUUCCCCACUUCUCUACCAGAUUUAUACCCUUGUGAAGUUACUGUGGUUUAGAUCAGUUAUGUGUAAAUAGAAACUACUCAGAUGGUUGAAUUUUCUUGAACUCAUUCACUGUUUUUUAUUUGAUUGUAUUAAAUUGUUUUUAAAAAAAUGAAUAUACAGGCACUCAUUCAACAAUCAGCGAAUAUUCAGUCAAUGGAAAGUUUGAUCGUGUUCACUCCUGAAACAAAUCAAUUUAGACGAAUCUAAAUUGUUGAAUUUUAGCAAAUGCAAACUCAACAGUCCACCCUUCACCUGAAAUUUCAAGUCAUUUUCUUGGCAUUCUUUGCUUUUAUUGAUAGGAUAGCUGAGGAGAGACAGGAAGCGCCUGGGGUAAAUAGGAAGGCAUGCAGCAAGGGGUAUCCAAGUGGUAUAUAAGCUUCUGUGCAUGGGGCGCAGGCUUAAAUUUAAAAAUGUUCUUGUUUUAUUUGUGGAGCACUUUAAGUUUCUACAGGUUUAAUUUCUAUUUUGUGUGCGCCAGUUAAUUAUACACACAAAUAAUAUUUAUCUUGUGCACCCUAGUUUUUAACCUUUGAAAAUGCAACAGUGCCAUCACCUGCUAUUAUUGGUCAUUUAAUGCCAUUGGUUGCAAAUAAUUAGCUUUAUUCAUCAGCUGAGUAGAUAAAAAAAAGCACUUUAAGUGUGUGCAGAGGAAAAUAUUACAGAACGAAAAUGUUCAUUUGACAUCAGGGGGCUCCAGUUUUUUAUUUUCACUACCUUUACUAUCCAUCUUCACUGUCAAGCAGAAACCUUGUAUCACCAAAACCACUGAACGACUGAGAAAGUCUUUUGUUCCAGCAGCAGUGAGAUUUUUUAAUAGUAUAUGCUAGGCUCUGACUUAGCACUGCUGCAUAGUUUGUAGAAGUAUUUAUUUUAGUGUUUAUUCAUUUUUAUCAGGCUUUUGUUGUAUUUCAUCAUGUCCUUAUCUUUUAUUGUACCAAUUUUAAAUCAUGUUUCAUUGGCCUUCACUGUGUUUAUUGUGUAUCUGGUGUUGAGUCUGUGUUUUUCUGAUGUCUCCAUGCUGUUUGUUGUCCGUAUGAGUCUUCUUGUCCUGGUGGUGAAUAGUUUCCCCAAUAAAGUCUACCUUAUCUUUAUCCUUAUCCUUAAUACUUACCAGUUAAAAAAAAAACACACACACAACUAAACACUGCAUGAGAUUCUACAACUCCACAACUUGUAUCUGUUUCCUGUUAAAAAGCCUACCCAGUGGCGUAAAUGAAGAUCAGUCUGAUGAGCUAUGGAGAUACGAGGUUUCUGCCUCAAAGUGACGCUAUGUGACUUUUUAUGCUCUUCAAGCACAUGUUGCAGUCACUUAAGUCGGGCAACUUAAGCCACGGUAUUAUUUUUAGGGAAAAAUUAGGAUUAGGUAUAGUAACUUUAUAUUUUAUACUGUUACAUAUUACAUUUAUGCAUAUCCGUACCAUAUUUAUCCUGUAAAAAGAAUCUCAGAUCCAUAUGUUUACAUUGUAUAUACUCCAUAUUAAUCUUGUUUCAUAUUUUCUAUAUUUUUUAUCUAUCUUUUUUCCAAUGUUUUGCACUGAUAUGGGUGGCUUUAAUCUCAUUGUACUGCGUAUAAUGACAAUAAAAGGCAUUCUGAUUCUCAUUCUGUAAGAGUUUUAAAAAAACAGUAAAAUAAUGACAAGUAAAAAGUUCAGGAUAGUUACCUGAUUUAGCCUCUGUACAUCAGACAUGUCUGUAUCCUUAAACCAAACAAAUAUCUUUAUACUGUAGCCUUUUAAUGUCACUUAACAGGAUGCUGAUCACUGAUGUUAGCGGUUUAAAUAAAAUUACACCAAAACUGAACUCAAAAGCAGUCGUCAUAUUUGUCAGAACAUCAAAUUUUGAACUAUAUUUAUCUUUGAUUAUGGUAACAUAAAGCAGUUUUUUCCGGCACAGAACUGCUUUUUUGAUUUGACACUUUUCGUAACCUUUUUUUCAACUCUAUGUGAUUCCAGGCCAGAGGAUGGGGAGAUCCACCCUGAAAUCUGCAGGCUCUUCAUCCAGCUGCAGUGCUGUUUGGAGAUGUACAUCACUGAGAUGCUCAAAUCUGUCUGCCUGCUGGGCUCCCUGCAGCUCCACAGCAAAGGUAAACCUGUGGAUGGGUCUGUGGAUGCCAGCGGACAUAUUUAAACCAACUUCAUUUCAGAGUGUGCCCAUUUACCAGCUUUUCACCUCAUGGUACACUUUUAGAAAACCUGUCAGAAGCCGUUAUAAUCCUGGCACAUUUAAUUUCCCAUCCUCUUUAUCCUGAUAAUCAGAUAAUGAAAUAAUAAUAAGGAUCAAAAAACCUUAAUACAUUCCCUAAAGUUGUGUCUGUUUAAUAAAGUUGAAUGAUUAUAUAAUCUAAAAGGUAACUUAAGGUCACUCCCUUUUCUUUUUUCCCUCAUAAACAGAGGCGGUUUAUGUUUACAGCUUCUUGCUCUGUGUAUUUCAGGUAAGGAUACCUGCGGCCCUCCUGGAGUGGACAGCAAGACAGAGGACAGCUCAGAUAUUCCAAUCCUGGAGGACACCUCUUCCUCUCCCACAGACUGUCCUCAACUCUGCUGGCUGGUGGCCACUGACAUAGAAAACAUAGAAAAGUAGGUUGACAGAACCAUGUUGUAUUAUCUUUUAUGCUGUUACUGAGAAUUAAUACCAACUACAUACAUUUAACUCCAGGCUUUUUUUUAGCCUCACAAAUAUUGUAAGAGAUAGUUUAUAGAUAGUUUAUCAAAGGUAACUGUGUAUGUAUGAGAAAGAAAAACAGGAAAAAAUGUUUUAUUGUUUAUGUGGUUAUAUUCAAUAUCUGCAUUAGCUUACAAAUCACGCUCCUUUAAUCGUUGUCGCUAAACACUUUGAAAUAGUCUUUUGUGAAACUAUUUCAAAGUGUUUGCAAACAGUGUUCAUCAGAGGAUGUAUUUUUUCACGCAGGUAAAAAUAUAUUCACAAGUAUAUUUAAAGACGCAAAAAAUUAGGCAAGUGUUUGUGUUGGAGUUUGAAAAUCUACUACAUGAAAGACGCUGCAGGUUAUUUUUGUUUUUUGCAGGGAUAUGAGAGAGAUGAAGAAUCUACUCAGUAAACUCAGGGAGACAAUGCCUUUACCAUUGAAGAACCAAGGUAAGAUGAAAACAGAGACACACAUCUCCAUACUCACAGAGAAGUGAAACUUUUACCCUCUUGUUGGAAGACAGUGAAGUAGAUUUGAUAGACGAGAGAAUAUUAGUGUAAUGUCUAGAACUGGCAGAGUUGUCUGACUUGGCAGAGGUCUGCUUUGUUCUUGUGCCCAGAUGACAGCAGUUUGCUGAACCUGACUCCCUACCCACUGGUCCGACAGAGGAAGAGGCGGUUCUUUGGGCUCUGUUGCCUGGUUACCAGCUAA